CAAUGUCAAAGGAACCGUCUCAUCCUGUAAUGGCUUGGCAAGCAAAUGGCAGAGAACAGCAAACGCACGCAGGAAAAAUUCACUUCUCAGCCAUCUGCAAUUCUGCAACGCAAGUUCACUAGUUUGCAGGGUGGCGACACGAGCGCGAUGCAGCUGCCGCCGCCGCCGCCGCCCGCGCCCGCCGCCGCCUGCGACGCCGGAGGAUUCAUCGCCCAGCCCAUCUACGAUCUACGGCAGGUCGGAGAUGUGUUUACAGGUCCCGGCGCGAAGUGGUCGACGCUGCCGGCGAUCCUGGGCGGCGCGCUGCCGCGGCUGUCCUCGGAGCAGGCGGACGCCGUGGCGCGCGCCAAGAAGUACGCCAUGGAGCAGAGCAUCAAGAUGGUGCUCAUGAAGCAGACGCUGGCGCACCAGCAGCAGCAGAUGGCCUCGCAGCGCACGCAAGUGCAGCGGCAGCAAGCGCUCGCGCUCAUGUGCAGAGUAUAUGUCGGCUCGAUCUCGUUUGAGCUGAAGGAGGACACGAUUCGCCAGGCGUUCUUGCCGUUUGGGCCCAUAAAGAGCAUCAACAUGUCGUGGGACCCGGUGACGCAGAAGCACAAGGGGUUCGCGUUCGUGGAGUACGAGAUCCCGGAGGCGGCGCAGCUCAGCCUCGAGCAGAUGAACGGCGUCAUGUUAGGCGGAAGGAACAUCAAAGUGGUCGGGCGACCAUCCAACAUGCCGCAAGCGCAAGCUGUCAUCGACGAGAUCCAGGAGGAAGCCAAGCAGUACAACCGCAUCUACGUGGCCUCCAUACACCCCGAGCUCACUGAGGAUGACAUCAAAAACGUGUUCGAGGCGUUCGGGCCCAUCACGUACUGCAAGCUGGCGUACGGCGCGUCGGCGCACAAGCACAAGGGCUACGGCUUCAUCGAGUACGUGUCGCUGCCGGCCGCGCUCGAGGCCAUCGCGUCCAUGAACCUGUUCGACCUCGGCGGCCAGUACCUGCGCGUGGGCCGCGCCAUCACGCCGCCCAACGCGCUGGCCGGCCCGCCGCAGGCCUCCGCCAUGCCCACCGCCGCCGCCGUGGCCGCCGCCGCCGCCACCGCCAAGAUACAGGCGAUGGACGCAGUAGCCAGUAACGCAGUAGCACUCGGCCUUACGAAACUGAAUGCCCUGGGCGUGUCUCCCGCCGCGGCACUACCCACACUAGCAGCCGCGUUGCCCUCCGCCAUCCCCGCCAUUUCCGCCAUCCCCGCGAUGUCCGCCAUCCCCGCCUGUCCGCCAUGCCCGCCAUGUCGGCCGCCGUGCCCGCCGCCAUGUCCGCCAUGCCCGUCGCUGCCGCCGCCCGCCGUCGUCAUCCCCGCGCCGGCCGCGCGCGCGCCCGCCAUGUCGAGCGCGGAGGGCGGGCAGCAAGCGGCAUUGCAACGAAAACUAUUGGACACCUCGCCUGACACGCUGCAACAACAGGAGUCCCUGUCGAUCUCGGGGCAGUCGGCGCGCCACCUGGUGAUGCAGCGGCUCAUGCGGCGCCGCGUGUCGCGCACGCUGCUGCUGCGCGACAUGGUGUCGGCGGCGGACGUGGACGAGGCGCUGCACCACGAGAUCCAGGAGGAGUGCAGCAAGUGGGGCGCCGUGGAGCGGCUCGUCAUCUACAACGAGCGCCAGAACGACGACGACCGCCCCGACAACAUCGACGUCAAGAUCUUCGUGCAGUUCAAGGAGCCCGAUGAGGCGGCGGCGGCGAUGCGCGCGCUGCACGGGCGCUACUUCGGCGGGCGCACGGUGCGCGCGCAGCUCUACGACCAGGAUCUCUUCGACCACGGCGACCUCUCCGGGUAGCACCCGCGACAGUAUCUAGAUAUAAGGAUAAUGAAAUUAGAUUAAUUAAAAUAAAUAAACUCGUUAUUAACUAAACUCA